UGACAGGGGAGAUCGAUAUGGUCGAGUUGGGCCAGAAGGAGAAAGAAUAGUUAGUCUGGAUCCCUUGCACCGCGUUCCCAACAACGCCGGUCACCGAGGUCCAAGUCCAUGGUCGCCUCAGCGUCGCUGUGUGAUUCGAACUAGAGCGAUCCUCAUGAUUCUCUGCAUCGCCUGUCUUCUGAACCUCUGAGGAGACCGCCCUCAUGUCAACUCUCGGCCGGUACCGGCGCCGCAUGGAGGUGCAACGCAAGUGUUGCAAGCCUCUGUGCGGCCCCGGUGCGCUGAACGUCGCAGGGGUAGUUACAGAAUGGAAUGCCCAGGACACGUGUGCAAAGAGACAGAAGAGGAGAAGAGUCGUCAUCCCCGAGCUCGCCGUGGUAUCAUAUCGAGAAGAGGAGUAUUGAAGCAUGGACUUGUUGUGCUCGGGGUCACCGCGCGGGGCCUUGCCUCGAAGCCCCAAAAUUCGGACGUGAGACGGCAUAAGGAACAGAUCUUCCACAAGGAAAUCACUCGAACUCACGAGAGGUAACUUGGUAGACGCCACUCUCGCUCCUCAGCAUCAGUAGAGCAAGCCACUAUCGGAAGCCUCUUGACUUUGUGCCUAGCAACUUCCCUCCUCCCUCCUUCAUGGUCCCCAGAAUUCGUCCCGGCAGAAAGACAGACCAGCUACUUUUUCCUCUCUCUCAUUCUCCUCAACGCCGAUGGUUUUCCAUCGUCGCUUCCUUCCCGUUCCCUCCGCUUCGACACACUAGGACGCCAUUCCCACCG